AUGGUCUCAGAUGUUUGCAAUGGGAGUUCUUGGUCCUUCUCUGCAGCAAGGUCUAAUCGUCAGCUUAACUUAUUGUCUUUUCUUACCACAAUUUCCCCAGCUAAUGGACAAGAUGUUCCUAAAUGGAUCAUCAACGGGAAUAUUCAAAAAUCUUUCAUAUCGUGUUUGGUUUGGGAGGCUAUUCGGCCGCACCUUCCUGUAAAAGCUUGGGCUCCCCUCCUCUGGCACAAAGGACUCAUCCCACGCCAUGCAACAACUACUUGGCUCUUCAUUCUUGAUAGGAAUCCUACAUUAGACCGUCUCCUUUCUUGGGGUCUAGAUGUUGAUACUAUAUGCCUCCUAUGUGGUAAUGCUGAUGAAUCAAGGAAUCAUUUAUUCUUUGAGUGUCAAUAUUCGGUGGAAGUUUGGUCAUCUAUCUGUGCUCGUCUCAAUUUUACAUCUCCUCCAACCUCAUGGAAUGCGACUAUGACGUGGUUACCAACUGCUUCUUCAGAUCGUUCUAUCAAAAUUGCUCUACUACAAGCUUGGCAAGCAACUGUUUACAGCUUAUGGCAAGAGCGUAAUUUCAGACUCCAUUCAGGUUUAACGAUUCCAUCCUCUGUCUUGGGUAGGAACAUCCAUCGCAUGGUCUCAGAAAAGUGCAUGGCAAUGGUCGCUCUUGGUCAAACAUUAGGAACUCCCCUCCUCCGCAUUUGGAACCCUCCAUGA